AUGGAUGACAUAAUGCAAAAUAAAGAAAAUAAGAUAUACCGACUAGAAAUCUUCAAGAGUGGAAGAAGUAAGCAAGAGAGGUUCUCUAUUGAUCCUAUUACUAAGAAACCGUUUGUUAAUUCGGUGAUAUCUUUGACUGGUUUUGCUAUUGUUGGAGGAUCUGCUAGGCAAGAUCAUCCAAGGGCUAUUGAAGCUUUGAUGAAGCUUGAUGUUCCUUAUAUUGUUGCAUUGCCACUGGUUUUCCAAACAACUGAAGAAUGGCUGAACAGUACUUUGGGUUUGCAUCCAAUUCAGGUUGCUCUUCAAGUUGCAUUGCCUGAGCUAGAUGGUGGCAUGGAGCCAAUAGUUUUCACCAGUCGAGAUCCCAAAACUGGAAAAUCUCAUGCUCUUCACAAGAGAGUGGAGCAGCUAUGCACCAGGGCAAUCAGAUGGGCUGAAUUGAAGAGAAAAACAAAGGAAGAUAAGAAACUAGCAAUUACUGUCUUCAGUUUCCCACCAGACAAAGGAAAUGUAAGAACUGCUGCGUACCUAAAGGUGAUGGUUACAAUGUUGAGGUCUUCCGGAGACUUCAGAAGCAUUGAUUGA